AUGGUGAGUCAAAGGCAAAGAUCGGCCAGAAAGCGGUUCAGAGAAGAGCACCCGGAGCUUUUCCCAAAGCCGGAGCCGCCGGCGCCGAAUGACCCGAACAAGAAGAAGAAGAAGAACAAAAACAGCAAAUUUAAGCGCAAGAAAUCGGAUCCCAAUGACCCAAACAAGCCCAAGAAGCCUUCGUACAAAAAGCACCCACUUAGAGUUGCCGGGAUGAAGCCCGGCGAGAGCUGCUACAUAUGCAAGGCCCCGGACCACAUUGCCAAAAAUUGCCCCAAGAAAUCUGAGUGGGAAAGGAACAAGAUCUGUUUGUUCUGUCGACAACGUGGCCACAGUCUCAAGAACUGCCCCAACAAAAAGGACGAGUCGGUGGAUAAGAAAUUCUGUUACAAUUGUGGAGAAAUGGGACAUUCCCUGGCUAGAUGCCCUCAACCUCUUCAGGAUGGAGGAACAAAAUAUGCCAAUUGCUUCAUAUGUAAUGAAAGUGGGCACUUGAGUAAAAAUUGUCCCAAGAAUACGCAUGGAAUUUAUCCAAAGGGUGGGAGCUGUAAAAUUUGUGGUGGUAUAACACAUCUUGCAAGAGAUUGUCCUAAUAAACAAAGCAGAACUUCUGAAGCUGAUAUGAUUCGCCAAUCACUUGAAGCUUACGAACGGCCUAAUCGGGUCACCAAGCUCGUCAGUGGGGAUGAUCUUGAGGAUGAUUUCGUACCCGUUGCUCCCAUAGAAGGAAAUGAUAAAGAUGUAAAGACCAAGAAAAAACAAGGACCUAAAGUUGUUAAUUUUGUUGGUUGA